GCAGGCGGCCAGCUCCCCCCCUGUUGCUGUGAUCAUGCCUGGGGUACUGUAACGGGACAGCAGGUUCAACCAUCAGUGCCGCGGCUGAAUGGAGAUGGACAAACGAUAACUGCUCCGUGCUUUAUACAUUGUUCACCUUUCCACACGGCGGGAGGGAGUUAUUCUGUAAUUAAAUUAAACCUCAGACGUAGUUCGCUUUCGGCUAAUUGAAAAGAGUAUACGGCUCUUCCAUCAAUUAGACAGACACCGGCUUUUUGUUCCCGUCCGUCAUGGCGAUAGCCACCGUAGCCACCGAGUACGUUUUUUCCGACUUUUUGUUGAAGGACCCCACGGAGGGGAAGUACAAAGGGGUGCGUCUGGAGCUGGCCCUGGACAAGAUAGUCACGUUUCUAGCGGUGGGACUGCCUUUGUUUCUCAUCUCACUCGCUUUUGCUCAGGAGGUGUCCGUGGGCACACAGAUCAGCUGCUUUGCUCCCACUAACUUCUCCUGGAGACAGGCGGCGUAUGUGGACUCAUUUUGUUGGGCAGCACUCCAAAAACAAGCCGACAGUUCACCGCUAUGGCUGCACAAGUUCUUCCCAUACAUCCUGCUCUCACUGGCCAUCCUCUUGUACAUCCCGGCACUGUUCUGGCGUUUCACUGCAGCGCCCCAACUUUCCUCUGACCUCAAUUUCAUCAUGGAAGAGCUGGACCGCUUUUAUAAUCGUGCCAUCAGACUGGCUAAGAAUAUAGCAUCCAAAGAUGCAGCCGAGGACACCCAGAGUGCUUUGGACGUGACUGAGGGUUGCUUCAAAUACCCUUUAGUGGAGCAGUAUUUGAAGACCAAGCGCUUCUCUCGCAGCCUAGUGUUCAAGUACCUUGCAUGUCGGGGCCUGACUCUGCUGAUCCUGCUGCUGGCCUGCCUCUACCUUGGCUACUACAUCCGACUGGCGUCUCUCACCGAUGAGUUUCCCUGUAAUCUGCGCACAGGUGUUCUGAAGAACGACAGCACGGUGCCGACUGCUGUACAAUGUAAGCUCGUGGCAGUGAGUGUCUUCGGGCUGCUCAGCUACAUCAACUUGGGGGUGUAUGUGCUUCUUGCUCCGCUGGUGGUGUACGCCUCUCUCGGACCAGCUCGCCAGAGCUCCAGCUUCCUCCGGCCUUAUGAGAUGCUGCCGGGCUUCGGUGCUCUGGGUGUGGUUACACCCUUUUACAACGACCUCAGUAUCUAUCUGUUGUUCCUGCAGGAGAAUCUGAGCGAACUCAAAUCAUUUAAGUGUCUGCAGGUGCUUGAGUUGUUACAAGAGGCUGGUGAUGAGGGGUUUGACACCAUGUGCCUACUGCAAACUCUGGGUCAGGUGAAGACUGACGUGUUGGACAGUAAGAAGACGUGCUCACGCAAGACAAACACAGAAACUAAUAAAGCUGAAGAAUGAUUCCUCUAAGAUCUCCCUGUCUUGUCACUGAAUGAUCGACCCGCUGAGGAGAAGCCUUGCCAUGAUGGAAAAGAAGAACUGGAAGAAAAACCUGUGCACUUACUGUACCUUUAUCUGAAUUUCUGGUGGGGUAUUCCACCUCAUUUUACCUCUCAGAUGUCUCAUUUUUAAUAAAUUUGAAUAUUUGAAUACACGGGUCUCAGGUCUGAGGUGAUCUGCUGCUGACCCCUGACUUUGUUUUAUUUGUCUAAAAUGAAAUUCCAAUGUUUACAUUUGUUUCUAUAAGUCUUUUCUCAGGAUCUUAAAUGCCUUCCUGUCAUAAUUUAUAAUAUAAGCCAUGUUCCUUGGGCUGAAAUCUGUACAUUAAAUUCCCAGGUGCAAAAGCCUACUUCCUGCCCUUUAUGUUAGAAUAAGAGACGUUUCUGAACACGGUUUAGAUGUAUUGAUAAUAAAAAAGGAUGAAGUGACUGAUGUAGUUUGUCCAUACACCAUAACAAAAACAUAAAUGGCUAGUUAGUUACCACUGGACUAGCUUUGUCUGGAUUGUAAAACGUGAUUAUUUGUGCAUAAAGGUGCUGUUAACAACGGAUGGUAUACUGUAUGUGCAUGUUGAAAAUAACAAACCCUCGGGUUGUCCAAACUGAUGGCAGCUCUGCAUUUUAUGAAUGAUGAAUGAAUAAAAUGUCAAUUAUUGUCAGAGGUAAAGCUUUUCAGACUUUCAUGGGCUCUCAUACAAUUAAAGACAUUUGUUGUUCUCAGUUCUAUCACUACGGGUUUCAUUUCAUUACCAGCCUUUAGAUAUUAAAUAUUCUAACUAUAAUACUAAACAUUGGCUAUUUUGACAUUAAAUAGUAGGUGAACACAGUUGCUUCCAAU